AGUGGGAUGGUGUGGUGUGGUGCUCGCCAUUCCCGGGGAGUGGAUACAUGAAGGAACCCAUUUCUAGCCUACGUUCGUCCGACUUGACUCUUGCAAGCACAGGGGUAUUGGCCCGGGUAACGACUCAGCUUUGAACAACCUCUUGCACACGCAUCGAAGCUUGGUUGCUCCUUCCUUCUUCACAACGGGCGUCGUACCUUCCUCCUCAUCAAAUGCCUCCACAGCUCAAAUCUUUGCGGGAGCUACAGGCGACACGCAUGGCAUUACUCUCGCCUCCGUAACACACCAGCGUCAUUACGCAAUGCUUUCACGAUGGACCCGUCGUACGCCUUCUUCAACUACCGGGAGGUCUUUGACCGCGAGCUGGAGCGCCUAAUCAGCGCUACGGCCAACGCCGCGUUCAUGAGGAAAACCUAUGCACUGCGGAACAAGAGACCGCACGAUGGAGACGAUCAGAUCCAUCUCAACGGCUUGCAGUAUACCACAGAGGUAGACGCUCCACCGGUCAAGAAGUCAAGCAUAACGGUGCUGUCGGACUCGGAGAAGGAGGCUCACUCUUCACUGUUGGCCUCCAACAAGAUAGAUGCUAGGGCCAUGUCAAUCUCGAGCACAGCUCCAAGGCAGAGCCUGGGAGCAAGCGCGGUGAUCGAACAGCACAUGCAUCCUUCCCGGCGGGCUAUGCUAACGCGGGGUGAUCGUGGCUUGCCCGCUCAAUCUAGUCGCACUGCAUUGGCCUGUGUUAAGCAGCAGGAAGGCCCGGUCCCUGCCUGUGGCGUCUCACUGGACACCUCUGUACCAUCACUUGACGCCACGUUGUUCAUUCCGCCUAGAGAACCCAAUUAGAAGCGCCUGCUCGGUGCUGGCCGCUCUACACCGCCCUAUGGUCAGCCGCCGCUGCACAAUGCUUCGCUGAACGCCGCCGCAACUCUUCUUACGACGUAUCCGCUCAAGCGCUUGCCGGAGAAUGUGCGAUUACAUAUCCUUGA